AUGGGUUGCCGGGUCAGCAGAACCCGUGGGCCUACCGUCAUCGUGGUGGAGCCGCCCGAUGAUCCCGUCAAAAUACGGCUACGGCUCCGGGGAGAUGUCCAACCACAAGUCCGGGAAACAAUCCUUGCUAAAUUGUGUGAGCUGACGGAAGAAUUUACAAAUAGGUUCGAGAUCGAAGGCACGGAGAAGGUGGACGUGUUCAUAGCCACGGUACAGCCGAUGGAAGGCGAUGCCAAUGGAACGAUCGCCAAGCACUGCCGUAAGAUAGUCAACCAAGCAGUCGGUAAAGGAAUACAUCUUGACGGCAACUGCAAGAUAAUUGGCGCCAAGGAAUACCAGGAGGCCGGAGACCUUUAA